UUGCCUUCUUACUCUCCCCUACCCUACGUCUCACCGUCGAUCAUGAAGCAAGACCACCAACACUGUCUUUCCGCAUGAGCUGAUGACCGUAUCUGCAGCACUGCAGAUCUCACUGAAUGCAUGGAGCUGUCUUCUUGCCACUUGGACCGGCACUCUCUCUGCAUCUUACGUGGUAGAAGUUGCGCACACAGGUGACCACGUGCGCUCGCCGCUCACAUGCAGCGAUCAGCAUUGCUCAAAGUUUGGCUUAAAUAGGCCACAUGGUCGCAGGACUAGCAAAUGACUACGACAAUACGUCCCUGAACUUCGAGUGACCCACUUGCUUGCUCAAAAUGCGGGUCCCUUCGGCCAUAACGUUCCUGCCACUGCUACUAGUGCCAAACGAACAUGCAGCCGCAAAGACGACCCAGAACUCCCAGCUGUCCGUAGGCGGUCCAGACGGCAACGACGUCCUCAACUCGGCCUUACCAGAGGACGUCUUUCACAAUCUGGGACAGUACUCCGCUCGCUACACUGUCGAGGGUCUCCCCGACGAGCUACCGGAGGGAUGCACAGUCACGCUGGUGAACUCGCUAGAGCGGCAUGGAGUGCGAUACAUGACGGCUGGUGCCCUCAAAUCAGCUGAGGCGACGAUAGAGAAAGUGCAAACGGCGCUGGCGAACACAUCUGCCCCUCGUCUUCCGGAAGAAUUGCGCUUCCUUAAGGGGGUGAACAUCUCGAAUCACACUGCUGACCUAGCGCCGAUGGGGGCUCUGCAGGCCUACUACUCAGGCAAGUAUACACGUGAGCGCUACAGCAAGCUCGCAUCUACUGCCGAGGCCUUCAUACGGACUUCAGGCGAUCCGGAUGCGGACCGCGUCAUUGUCACCUCGCAAUUCUGGUCGAUGGGCUAUCAUGGCGAGCCGUUCCCGGAGGGGCCACUAACAGACGGCAGCUCAGUACGCGCUGCGGGUGCCGAGGCUAAAGUGCAGCCCAAUGUGAUUAUAAGCGAGCAAAAUGGGUCGAACAACACUCUGAAUGUUGACACGUGUCCGGCAGACACAGAGUACGGGGACGUAGCAGGAGAAGAUCUCGCAACAAGCACAUAUGGCAAUUCAACUCUGGUACCCACCAUCGGCGCCCGCCUCGGCAGGGCCUUUGGCCAAGCUGGGGUCUCCCUCUCCCUCAGCUCCACGGAUCUAGCCAAUUCGCUCGGCCUUUGCUCCUUUGACACUCUAGCAACCGGCCCCGUCUCUUCGGGCCACCUCAACCUCACGAUCAGCCCCUUUUGCACGCUCUUUACCCCAGAAGAAUUCCAGAUGUACGAGUACUACCUAGAUGUGGGCAAGUACUACGGAUCCGGUUAUGGAGACCCCUACCACGAGGCUCUUGGCGUGAGCUAUCUGCGCGAGCUGCUAGCGAGAUUGACGGGCACCGAAGUGGACCUCGCUUCUCCAACAGGAGCUCUCAAUACGACUCUCGACGCGCAUGGUGCCAAUUCUACCUUCCCCAUCCCUCCUAAGGAUGCAGUUCAGCCGCUCAGCGGCGUCCGCAUCUUCCACGAUGCCUCCCACGACAACAACAUCUCCCCCAUUGUCGCCUCCUUUGGUCUCUUCCGUACUGCGCCCCUCCCGCUGGGAAGACAUGCGGAGCGCUCUCAACGGGCGAAAAACAGGAGCUGGCACUUCUCCCGUAUCGCGCCAUUGCAGGGCAAAGUCGUCUGGGAAAAGGUCAGCUGUCCGGUCAAGAAAACCUCAAAGCGGGAGCACGAAUUCGUCCGCAUCCGCGCCAAUGAGGCCAUUCAGACAUCCGCGGGACAAGCGUGGUGUCCGGGCAAAUUGGCAGGUGAGGAGAUGCAGUACGCACGGUAUGGACUUUGUCCCCUUGAGAAGGUCGUGCGGGGAUUACAGUGGGAUAGGUGCUACGAGCCUGCAGUCACUGGUUUGACACCUCAAAGGUAGGCAGGUACGAGGACCGGGCAAAAGCGGGCGCAUCCACGCCCUAUAGGACAUCGAUCUCGCAUUUUAGAGAGAGAGCAAUGUAUUGUCAUGCUUGGUCCCAAGUCGGGAGCCAUUGAACGGGGUGAAUG